GCGAUUACAUAACUGAGUUUGUAGUUGUGGGAUAUGUAAUCAAUUGCUGUUCUUUAACCCUUGAUAACUUUAUACUUUGAGUGUUGAUUGAAAUAAUGUACUUUAUUAGAGGCCCUUGAUAUCGGUCACAUUUAUUCUAAGAAUCACAAUGGAUGAAGAACAACAUUUGUGUGUGGUGAAUAAUGGGGAUUGUGAGGAUGUUAAAUUUCAAGCUAAAGAUAUCACUACAGUUAAUGAUAAACAUGGAUUUGGUGCUCGUUCUGAAGAAGAUGGUUUGGCAAAGAACCUUAAUGAUGGAUUAGGAACAGAUAAUUCCUUCAAGAUUGAUAAGACAAACAUUCCAAUGAUUCCUGUGGAAGAGGAAGCUGAGGAACUAUUAGGUUUGGGGGUUUGUGCAUAUAAUCAGUCUGAUUUUGAGAAAGAGGUUCUUGCUCAAGUAGAUGAAGCUUUUAAGCAGCAGAAAGAAGAAGAAAAAAGAAAGACAGCUGAAAAGGAAGAAACUGUUAUCAGGUCUUUAAAGCAGGAAAUUGGUCAUAUUGAAAACACCUUGGCUGUGAUUGAUUGUGAAGCAAACUCUUUGAGCUCAGAAUGCCAGAAGCAAGUUGAUACUAUCAAAAAGAAACAUGAAACUAAGCUGAUUCAGCUGCAACAACUGGCAAAUGAACUCCAACAUAAGAAUUCUGAAGAGUCUAACCAAGUGGAUAACAAAGGAAGUUCCUUGCAAAAGAUUUUUGAUGGAAAUGAUUCAAAAGAAGAGAGACUGAUUCGUACUGGACAAAUGACUCCUUUUGGUACUGUGGUUCCCUCUGGUGGUGAAAGCUGUGAAGGGAUUAGGAAAGCACAUAAAACUCUAUCUGACACAAAAAUUACAGAUUUUGAAAAGUUUCUCAUUGGAGAAUUUGAAAAUAAAAUGAACAUGGUACAGAAAAUAUCUCCAAAAAUCAAUAAAAGUAUAGUUGAAAGUUGUAAGUUUCCACAAACAGGAGAAGAUGAAACACAAAGUAAGGGUUCUGACAACAACUCUUAUAGAUAUGAAGGGAGCUUAAGUCCUUCUCAGCCAUCUACCUCUAAACAAUAUACACCUUUAACUGUUCGAAAACGAAAUAAAGCACAAAAGAUACUAAAAAUGAGAUCAAAAAUUGGCAGAAGAUCGAAAGCUGUGAAGAGUAAGUUCCCUAGUCUUAAUGUUCACUAUAGAAGUGAUUCAGAAAUGAGUGAUUUUGAAAAUGGAGAUGUUUGCUAUGAUGAUGAAGAGGAGGAUGAGGGUUAUUGGCAGCAGGACAGCGAUGAGGAGUACAUUCCAGAUGAAGAAAUAGAUGUUUUGUCAAGUGAAGAUGAACUGAACACCAAGAAAGGAAGAAAGAGAAAGGAAGAUGAAGCUGCCAUGGAUAAUUGGAUUACUGCUAAGAAGAAGAAGAGGUUCUCUCUUGCUGAUGAUCCCAAUGAAACAACCAGUAAAGCCUGUCAGAAGAAAACUAAGCUGAAGAGAGUUCAGGAUGAUGGUCAUCAGGAGCAGUACUUAAAAAGAUUAUACUCUCAGCGUCGUGAAAAGCUUGCCAUGAAACACAAAAAAAUUAUUGAUGGAGAGGAAGAGGAUGAUGAUGAUGAGAGUUUUACCAUGUUUGGUGAUGGAUUUAAAGUCCCUAGUUGUAUAUGGAAGAAGCUAUAUAGGUAUCAGCAGACUGGAGUGAGGUGGUUGUGGGAGCUUCAUCAGCAAAACAGUGGUGGGAUCAUAGGGGAUGAGAUGGGAUUAGGGAAGACCAUUCAAGUCAUUAGCUUCCUUGCAGGCUUGUCUUCAAGUAAUUUGAAGACAGAUGGAGACAAGUAUCAUGGUCUUGGUCCUGUUGUCUUGGUUUGUCCUACUACUAUAAUGCAUCAGUGGGUGAAAGAGUUCCAUAAGUGGUGGCCUCCCUUUCGAGUGGCUGUUUUACAUGAUUCAGGCUCAUACAGAGGGACAAAGGAGUCUCUUGUUCGUAACCUCAAUAAGAGCAGUGGGAUAUUGGUUACCUCCUACAAUGGACUAACAAUGCACCAGACUCUUUUGUUGAAGUAUGAGUGGCACUAUAUCAUUCUUGAUGAAGGACAUAGAAUACGCAACCCCGAUGCCCAAGCUACUCUUGCUUGCAAGCAGUUUCGAACACCUCAUCGAGUGAUCCUAUCUGGCUCACCUGUACAGAACAGUCUGAAAGAACUCUGGUCUCUUUUUGAUUUCAUCUUCCCUGGUAAACUUGGAACUCUGCCAGUUUUCAUGCAACAGUUUUCAGUUCCAAUCACUCAGGGAGGUUAUUCAAAUGCUUCUCAGGUCCAAGUGCAGACUGCUUACAAGUGUGCAGUUGUAUUAAGAGACACCAUAAAACCAUAUCUUUUGCGAAGAAUGAAAGAAGAUGUUAAAGCUAAUCUGCAACUUCCUGCUAAAAAUGAACAGGUUCUGUUCUGUAAGUUGACUGAGGAACAGAAAACUGUUUAUAAGGAUUAUUUAGACUCUCCGGAAUUAGACAUAGUGAGAGGAAGAUUACAGGUGUUUGUAGGUUUGAUCAACUUAAGAAAGAUCUGUAAUCAUCCUGAUCUGUACACUGGUGGACCAAAGAUUUUUAAGAAUACAGAUGUCUCAACUUUAACAGAGGAAAUGACUUUUGGAUAUCCACAAAGGUCAGGCAAAAUGAUUGUAGUGGACGCUCUUUUGAAACUCUGGAGCAAGCAAGGGCAUCGUGUCCUUUUAUUUAGCCAAAGCAAACAGGAUCCAAAUAUUUUUGUAUUCUUGCUGACCACCCAUGUUGGAGGGCUUGGGGUCAACCUUACUGGAGCUGACAGGGUUAUAAUCUAUGACCCUGACUGGAACCCAAGUACGGAUACUCAGGCUCGAGAGCGUGCCUGGAGGAUUGGUCAGGACAAACAGGUGACAAUUUAUCGUCUUCUCACCUCAGGAACUAUAGAGGAGAAGAUCUAUCACAGACAAAUUUUCAAGCAAUUUCUAACCAAUCGUGUCCUUAAGGACCCCAGGCAGCGACGGUUCUUCAAAACGAAUGACAUGUUUGAACUUUUUACGUUUUCUGAGGAAGGUAAGCAGGGGACAGAAACAAGUGCAAUUUUUGCUGGGACUGGCUCAGAAGUAAAAGUUCCAAGAUCAUCAAAGCUAUCUCAGUAUAUUAACCCACAUGGGAAAGAAGAGCUCGUGAAGAGAAGUGACAUUAAACAAAAUGAACCAAUAAAAGAGGAAAGUACUGAAACCCCCCCUAGCUUGAAUAAAGAGCCAUUGAUAAAAUCAAGUUCUGACGAGAAUGCUCUAACAAACAGUUUUGGUAAUAGUGCAGUGUUAACAGAGUUGAAGGUUAAACCAAGUCCAAUAGAUAAGCAGAAAGAAGAGAAAAGUACUGUACUGCUUAGUCCAGAAAAACUUCAAAGGAUGAAGCUGUUAGCCAGGAAGUUGAGCCAGUUAAUAGGAAAAAGUUCUAGUGGCAUUGCUAACAGUAAACCUGAACUUGCUGUAACUAAUGGAGAAGCAGAAAAACAGCCUUUAAUUGAGAAGUCUAAUUUGAGUAGUGUAUUGCAUGAGGAAACUUUACGUUUACAGUUGGAUUUUUCGGCCAGCGCAGACUCUAAUCUCUGCAAAAAAGAACGUAAGAAGAAAAAAAGAAAACAGAAGAGGAAAGGUGUUGUGGUAGAUGGAGAGAAAAUAGACUUUCUUGUUAAGCAAGAUGUUUAUAAACCAGUACCAAGUGAAGCUGAUAAUAAGCAUCACCUGAAGCAGGAUGACUACGUAUUGAAGAAACUCUUUAAGUUAUCAGGUCUGCAAACUGUGAUGCAACAUGAUGUAAUCAUGAAUUCUUCGGACCCAGACUACAUGUUGGUUGAAGGAGAAGCAGAAAAGGUUGCCCGAGAAGCCUUGAAGGCUCUCAAACAAUCACAACGACAGUGCCUUAGGGCAGAAACGGGUGUUCCGACAUGGACAGGUCGGCAUGGAGCCUCAUCUAGCAUUAGGUCACGAUUUGGCAUGAAGAAAAGUGUAACACCACCAUUAGCACUGCCAAAAGAUGAAAGAACUGUCCAGGAUGGUAAAAACAAAACAUUAACAAAAUCACAGAAUCAACUUCUAGGAAAAGCAAAGAAUAUUUUUGGUUCUGUCGAAAAGCCUAGUUCAACUCCACCACCUUCCAGUCAACUCUUGGCAAGGAUGAAACAUAGGAAUAAGUGUGUUCUCAACUCUCAGGGAGACGGAGAGGAAAGUAGUGAGAAUGAAGAUGAUCCUUCCACCCCGUCAACAUCCAAGAGUAAUACGGAAUAUGAUGAGUUGCUCACUGACAUUAGGAACUUUGUGGCAUUUCAAGCCAGUGUGGAUGGUCAGGCCACGACUGAAGAAGUACUUCAAGCUUUCAAAGGCAAAUGUCCAACACACACUGCUCCAGUGUUUAAAAUGUUACUUCAGAAGAUCUGCAAUUUUUAUCGACGGCCAACAGGAGAGGGAGUUUGGAGACUAAAAGCUGAAUUUAGGUGAUCCUUUGGGUAAAUUAGUAAAAAUAAUCUUGGUAUGAAAUCAUUGAAAGUAACUUAUAAAGAAUGUAAUUAUUGUACUAAAACUUUAAUUGGUACUUCAUUAUUUGUUUAUUAAAUGUGGAAAGUGUUAAGUAAAUCUUUCUACAAAAAUACCAGGGAACAUAGGCUGUGCACAAAAACAUUAGACUGUGUGUUUUGUACAGUUGAACAACAGUAUAAAAAAUAUAUGUGGCAAUUAUAGCAGCAAAGAAAAAAAGGUUGUGUAUUAUAGUAAUUUCAUAUUAUACAUAAUGAGCCAAAUUAUUGUGGUUCAUCUAUAUAGCCUUACCUGUUGACCAAUACAAAAGUGCUGAAACCAGACUGUUACUAAAACUGUAAAGUCAUCUGUCUGGUGAAAAUGUUAGAAUGUAAAUCAGAAAGAAUUGGUCUUUCAUUAUAAUGAAUUUUUUGAGAUAACUUUAGUACACUAAUGGGCAUUGGUAAAUCCCAUGUGUUUCACAUAAUUUGUGCUUUUGAUUGUGGUUGAUUUCUUUCAUUUUGUAACUGAACUGUAAUAGUAAAAACCAAGAGAUUCCAAAGUCAUUUUUGGCAGAACUUUUUGACUUUUCUUAUUUCCACUAACAGUCAUUGCUGUUACAUGCUUAAUGCUAUUUCAUUUUCUCUCCACCUUACAUAGUGGUAAAUAAAAACAGUUUAAUCUACAAAUAUUAAUUUAUGAAUAUUGCAUAUAAAAGAAAAAAACAUUCCUGGUUAAUGUAGCAAAGAUUUUUAUGGGGAGGAGGGUUGGGUCAUCUUUCAUCUUAAGAAAGAAUGUAAAAAGCCAUGUGUUUGUUGCUUAUCAGGGAUUUUUCUAUAAAAAAAAUUAAAGCCUGUAAUAUAUUAUUCAUGUUAGUUUCAAUAAAACAUUUUGUUUGUUACUGUGCAUCUUAUUUUGCUUUGCGAAACAACACUUUAUCUUAUGUAUUAACCAUACCAGAAAAAAAAA